UGCAUGUCCACUGGCGGCAGGUUCAACUUUGACGAUGGGGGGUCAUACUGCGGAGGGUGGGAUGAGGGCAAGGCACACGGCCACGGGAUCUGUACAGGACCCAAGGGCCAAGGCGAGUAUUGCGGAUCCUGGGCGCACGGCUUUGAGCUGCUGGGUGUCUACACAUGGCCCAGUGGAAACACCUACCAGGGUACCUGGGCUCAUGGAAAGAGACAUGGGGUGGGUGUUGAGAAUAAAGGCCGCUGGGUGUACAAAGGCGAGUGGACGCACGGCUUUAAGGGACGCUACGGCCUGCGUGAGAGCAUGGGGACGAGCGGGAAGUACGAGGGGACGUGGAACAACGGGCUGCAGGACGGAUACGGAACAGAGACCUACUCAGACGGAGGAACCUUUCAGGGCCAAUGGGUUGGUGGGAUGCGGCAUGGCUACGGAGUUCGUCAGAGUGUCCCGUAUGGCAUGGCGGCCGUCAUCCGCUCUCCUCUCCGUACCUCCAUAAACUCUCUCCGCUCUGGCUCAGAGCACAGCAAUGGUACGGCAUUGCUGGACCGGACCGGGGCAGUGGUUCCCUGUCCCCUCCCUGUUCCCGGGACUCUGACCACUAGCGUCUCCAUGUGCAGCACGGGCAGCAGCGGCAGCAGCCCCGCUGUGUCUCGUGGAGGUUUUGUGCUGACGGCACACAGCGAGGCUGAGCUGCUGAAAGGGAAGAGGAAAGGCGGGCUGUUCCGGAGGUCUAUUCUGUCCGGGCUCAAGUUGAGGAAGUCAGAGUCCAGGAGCUCUCUGGCCUCCCAGAGGUCUAAACAGAGCUCCUUCAGAAGUGAAGCUGGAAUGAGUACUGUGUCCUCUGCUGCAUCUGAUAUCAACUCUACUAUCAGUCUCGGAGAUGCAGACACAGAUCUGGCCGUUGCUGACGAUGAGGUGGACGCCACAGCCACAGAAACCUACAGUGGAGAGUGGAAGAACGACAAGCGGACUGGAUUCGGAGUGAGUCGGCGGUCAGACGGGCUGCAGUACGAGGGGGAGUGGCUAAGCAACAAACGCCACGGCUACGGCUGCACCGCAUUUCCUGACGGCACAAAAGAGGAGGGGAAGUACAAACAGAACAUCCUGGUCAGCGGCAAAAGGAAGAACCUCAUCCCUCUGCGGGCCAGUAAGAUCAGAGAGAAGGUGGACAGGGCUGUGGAGGGAGCGCAGAAGUCCGCUGACAUCGCCCGGCAGAAGGCAGAGAUCGCUCUCUCCAGGACAGCCCAUGCGCAGGGUAAAGCCGAGGCGGCAGUAGGUGCUGCUCAGAAAGCUCAAGAGGAGAGUCGCAUGGCAAGGGUCACCGCUAAACAGUUCUCUCCUUCCUUCAAGCACCCAGGAAAUGGCAUGGAGGUCCAGCGUCCAAAGCGUCAGGUGUCCAGUGAGGUGGAGGGGGAGGGGUUGUCGAGUAGUGCUGGCACUGCAGACAGCCCAGACCUCUAUGUAAAAAGCACAGGCUCAGAUGACCCCUCUAAUGAUGCGGCCACACCAGAUCUCAGUCCGCCUUCCUCCUCUCCGCCCCACACUCCACCUCCUCCAGCCCGACCUACGCAGCGCAGCAAGAGUGCCCGCUUCCACCGACAGAGCGCUGUGGAUCACGCGGACAAGGGAAAGGAUCCUGGAGAAAGGGCUGAAAAAAGAGUGGAGGGGGGGCAGACAAAGAUCCAGGUGUUGAUGGAGGGAGGAAGUGGCGGAGGUGAAGGAGGAGGAGGAGGAGGAGGAGGAAAGGGGGAGUACUCACGUUCCAACACCUGGGAUGAGGACAAGAAAAGAGGGAUGUUUUCAAAAACAGGAGGGGUCAGCGGUCGAGGAGCAAGCCAGACCAACGGCCACAAACACAGCUCCUCCAAUCACAAGUCCCGGGAGCAUGGAUCAUCCAAUCACAGACAGACCAGAAGGGAAAAGUGGACUGCGUCUUCCUCUUCUGCUUCUUGGACGUCAGGGCACAGAGGCAUGCACGGCAGGGGAGGCCACCUGCUAGAGCAGGAUGAGGAGAAAAUUAGUAAUUAUGAGAUGGAGAUGAAGCCUUUACAGCCCAGAGACUCCACUUCCCACAAGCUCCACGGGCAUGGGGAAGAGAGACAUGGGCACAGUCACCUUCAAGGAGAGGGACGGUCGCACACUGUGCAGCGACAGAGACAUAAGAACCGGGACGGGAAGGAGAGGAGGGAAGGAAGAGAGGGGAAGGAGGGGCGGGAGGCCGGGAAAGACUCAGUGCAUAAGCUAGACAGAACAGCAGAAAAGAUGGACUCGCUGCCUCUGAGACGGGACCUCACGCUCUCCCCUCCUCUGAAGUCCUCCCCAAUCACACCGGAGCGGCCCGACCACGGCCUUCUGCUGAAAAGAGGCAACUCGGCCUACAGCUCCAUCCUGGUAGUCAUGGUGAUCCUGCUCAACAUUGGAGUGGCUAUUUUAUUUAUUCACUUUUUUAUUUAAAGACAGCACCCCUUUCAGAGUCAGCCUACCUUCACUCCAACAGCUGAAGAGUCUGAAGAGUAUUAGGACCAGUUUGCGGCCCCCCUUGAGUUCUCGGAUGAAGGAAGACAAAGAGCCCACAGGGGAGGGGUGUCUGCCGUCAUGUGAGCUAAAGGUAGUUGACCCAGGCUGACAUCUGCUAAUCUUGAUCCUCUUUGAUGAAGAGUUGCUGAAGUGCGCAGCCCAAAGAAACAAAUGGUGGAUGUUAAAGUGGUCUAAAGGGAGAGAACGUGGUCUGAACUUGGACUUAGUUUAAAUUUUUCACACACUAUGAACUCCGAUGGGCUGAAGUGGUCUGAUCUCCAGGCCACAGGGCGGACCCGGCAUUACAGCCGGGACUCUGCUUCUUCUGUGGGCUGACCGAACUGAACAGACAGACUGUUCCACGUUCAGACAGGCGUCAUCAGAUUUGUAACUUAUGAUUUAUUUAUUA